UUGUUUCGAAAGUGUGCUUGGUUCGGCCGUGUUAUAAGAGCGGAUUCUGAUACACUGUGAAUUACCUAUGGGAUAGUAAUAUGGCAAGCCUAGCAUAAUUCAAAACGAAGCAUUUGUAACCCAUUUGAUGGAAUGAGAUAUGGCACAAAUCUCACGGAUGACAGUCGCAGUUCUCUGCUUUUCUAUGGGAACUUUUUCUUCGUACCUGGUGUGGAGCUACUUUCUGUCCCACUCUCUGCGUUGCCUCAGAAGACAACAUGCUCACCAAGUCACAUCCCAGCAAGACUACAAAUCUGAAGGAGUUUUCAGACGAUUUGAGAAUGAGCGAUGCCAUAAAGACAACGACACUGAGGCUAAACUCCUGGAGAAAACUGUACGAGUUUUAUGUUGGAUCAUGACUGGGCCUAAGAACCUGGAUAAGAAAGCAAUUCAUGUAAAGAACACAUGGGGACGAAGGUGUAACAUCCUGCUGUUCAUGAGCUCCGUCAGGAAUGACAGUUUCCCAACUGUAGGUCUCAACGUAUCCGAAGGUCGGAAUCACCUGACGGCCAAAACCAUGGAAGCUUUCCGGUACGUCCAUGAGAACCAUUUGGCCGACGCUGAUUGGUUCCUAAAAGCUGACGAUGACACAUACGUCAUCUUGGAGAAUUUACGUCACUUCCUGUCCGACAAAGACUGCACCGUACCCGUGUUUUAUGGACAUCAUUUUUCGCCCAGUUUUCUAAAAAACAAAAACGGUUACUUUGCAGGCGGAGCUGGGUACAUUCUGAGCAAAGCGGCCCUGGUGAAACUUUACAAGUACGGAAAGAAUGAGUCCAAUUGUCGUCAAGAUGGCGGCAUGGAGGACAUCGAAAUGGGAGUGUGCAUGGAGAAGUUAAACGUGACUCGAGGCAACACAACGGAUUCUCAUGGAAGGCGACGGUUUCACGCUUUUCGACCGGAGGUAUUUCUCCACGGCCUUUACAAUGACCGCUUUGAUGAUUACGACGGUGAAUCUGGAGCAAUUAAGGGUAUGGGGGCGAUCAGCGACUUUGCCGUGUCGUUCCAUUACGUUCAACCACCAAUGAUGUAUGACCUGGAGUUUUACGUAUACCAUCUGAGGCCAUAUGGAAUAUCGUCUCACCCACAUGAUAUAGAUGUCCCAAUAUAGUGCCGGUGUUGUUUCCAGUCGUCAAAACCCAGUUGCUCUCAGUCGUAACGUCAAUCCACACACAACUGAAAGUAUUGUUUGCCAUACGUGGCAGCGCCGGUUUUGUCAGAAAUUUCAGGAAGGUCGGUAAACCUGGUCGUCGUCCUAUACUAGUGUAACACAGUGAUAAAAUAAUGGCGUCAAACACCAAUCAAAUAUAUAAAUAAAAUAAAAUAAAU